UUAUUUCUUCCUGGAAUGCUGAGGUCUGGGGAUUGCUGGGUGCGGACCUCCGAGGUUUGGGUUUUAGGCGGCGAGUACUCUGCUGACGCUGGUACUGAGCCCGCGCGGAAAUUUAGUGAAAGCAAAAGCACAAGUGACGGACUCGGAGGGACCGAGAGGGACUCGGAAUACCUGUCAGCAAUGGAUUCUCUAGACUAUAUAACAGCAUCGGAUUCAGCUAUGGAAAAUGAAAAUCAAAGCGAUAACUCUUCCUCUGGUAGCAGCUUAUUUAAAACUCAAUAUGUUCCUUGCUCACCUAAACGGAGGCAAAGAAAUCCUGUUAAAAAAUGUGUUAGUUCACUUGAAAGUGUUCAAGCAAGAGAUUCAUCCAGUGAUUCAUCUUUAGAACCAAGACCAUUGACUUUGAAAGCUAUUUUUGAAAGAUUCAAGAAAAAGAAACGUAGAAAGAGGAAAUAUAAGCCAACAGGAAGACCGAGGGGAAGACCAGAAGGAAGGAAAAGCACUAGGUCAAAAAUAAAUAAGAAACAACUUAAAGAUAACAGACCCCAGUUGCCUUUUUUAGAAUCAGAGAAUGGAAGAAAACCAUUACCUUGGAGAAAUAUUUUAACAUUUGAGCAAGCAGUGGCAAGAGGAUUUUUCAACUACCUGGAAAAACUGAAGUAUGAAUACCACCUCAAGGAAUCCUUAAAACAGAUGAAUGUUGGUGAAGAUUUAGAAAAAGAUGACCUUGAUAGUCGUAGAUAUAAAUACUUGGAUGAUGAUGGAUCUCUCUCUCCUAUUGAAGAUCCAGUGGGAGAGGAUGAGGUUGAAACAAACCUUGAACAUGAUGAAUGUGAUAUCAAAUUGGUGGAGAAUAAUUACUUCAUAAUAAGUUCUGAAUUACCAAAGAAGAUGAAUGUGUAUUUAGAACAAGAAUAUACUGGAGAAGCUGCUUUGUCUAAAAAGAGAGUAUCAAAGUGCAAAAAUUUUGGACAGAAGACAGAACAGCCUGAAAAGGAGAUAGGAAUAUGAAUGUCAAGGGCAUUAUGUUGAAAACACAAUUUUUGGACUUAAAGGUAUGUUUUACUCAUUAGGUGAGUUUUUGGAUCAGAUUUCUUGAAAUGUAGCAUGUUGUCAGAUAAUCUAAACCUUCAUAGGAAAUUUUAGCAUUGAGAGACUUUUUGCCAGCUUUCCAAUUCUGUUUAUGACAUGAUUUCAGAAAAUGAAUCUUAGGGAACACUGUUUAAUAGUGACACUGUGCCAGCUUCACUUUACUUACAGGAAGGGGUCCCAGAACUGUCAGUUGGACUAUAGCAGUAAUCAGAAUUUUGCAUAUUUCUACUUGACACCUGUAACAUUUUAAAUUAACGCAUGAUCUAAAAUGAGGUUGGUUCAAUAUUAACAAUGACUACAUAGGACACAGCAUUUUUUAAGUUUUGAUGGUAUAAAGUUCUCAAAUGGUAAAAACAUAAAUAUAGCCACAUUAAUAUUUUUUCUAUAUUUUUAUACUUAAUAUCAAGUAGCUUAGGAGAUAAUAGAUGCUCAAUUUUGAGGCAAAAAUUCAGUUAAAGUAAAAUUUUUUGCUCUGUAAUCUGGGAAUUUCAUAGGUAAAACAUUGCAGUAUCAAAGCUCAUGAAAAUCAAGACUUCUGUUUUUUAUACAUGGAUAUUUUUCCUUUGGAUUAUGGAUUAUCUAUAAUAGCUACUUGGCAUUUUGUACCUUUUUUGAUCAGUGUAUACUCUUCUAAACUACAUUGUUGAAAUCCUUAUGUGACUGAUUUUAUGAUACGAUUUCCUGAACCUUAAUACAGUUAAAUUUUAUUUGUGAAUGGGAAGAUGUUUUACUAUUUUUAUACAACUCUGAACUUGAAAUGACUGGAGCAUAUCAGUUCUAGUAAUUGUCUUCCUUUCUGUAGAGUCUUAGAUUUGUCACAUCUUUUAAAAUGUGUAAAUAAUGGUUGAGGUCUAUCCCGAUGGGGCUUUUUCUGUAGACCUACAUCGUUGGAAACGCCUCAUAGAGUAAAUAUGUUGCUUCCUUUACUCACAGAACUAUGUCUUAGAUCUGUGGGAAGGAACAACAAGACAUAGCUGCUAAAAUUAUGAAAGAUCCUAACAACCUAAUUUUUUUUAUCUUAGGUUUUUCUAUAUCUCGAAGAUCUGUACAAUUCUAGGUAGUGAUAACUUAGGUAAGUUUUUGGUGACAAUGUAAACUUUGGUAUUACUGCAGUUCAGAUGAUGAAUUUAACUGUUCAACUGCUGAAUGAUACAGACGUGAACUAAAAUGUAAUUCUGACAGCUGAACAUAACUGUAUGGUUUUAGUUUUUAAUCACAUACCUGUCAAACUUUUAUUUGGUGUUUUAUUUGUAGGACUGAUAUGACAUGAACUUACUCAUGUUUACAGGUAAGUGGAACAUUUCUAUUUAUUAAGGAUUCAAAAUUGUGAGAAAAUGCAAAUUGUGAGUAGAGUAAGUCUUCAUUUAACACUGUCAAUAGGUUCUGCUACUUAAAGCCAAAUGAUAUAUAAGGCAGGCAGGCAGUUUGACCACAGGCUAAUUGAUGCUAAGUUCCUAUGGUGUCUGAACUUGGCAACACAACAUUGAGCAGAAGGAUGUUAUUCAAGGACCUCUGCGCAGCAGAUUACCACAUUAUUGUGGUAACUAAUAGUGGUUUAGGUAUAAAGUAGAAUUGUCAGAAUCUUGGUGAAAAUGUUUGCUGUAAUUGUAUUUAUAUGCAGAAUUGGAAAAAAAUGAAGAGACUGUAUAUCUAGGGUUACCAAAUAACAAUGUCCCCUUUUUGCACUGACAGUUCCAUAUUGUUCUGCCUAAUAACAUGUAGAUUUGGAUAUGUUAAAGUAGCAGAGGAAUUCCUCCUAAUAAGAACAGUGUGAACAACUGUGAUCUUCAUUUCUAGUGCAGAGACAUGAUAAAGAUAAUGGUGACUAAGAUUUAUGAUUUACACGCAGUUAAUGUGGUUCCCUCACUGAAAGAACGAUUAGGAAUUGGGACAUUUUCCACAAUUAGAUUUAGAGGUGUUUGUAAUAGUUUGGUCACAAUUGCACUGCAUGGUAUCUGCAUUUAGCAGUUUAUUCCUGCUAGGUGUUCAAAGGACAGUGCGAUAUAAAUCCAGUGUCUGGCAUCGUUGGUUUUCUUGGCUUUGUGCAUGUUAAACCUGGUAUUUUUACUGAUACAGUAUUCCUGUAGUUUCCUCUGUUCAGUUACACACAACUUCAAUAGGAACUAAUGCUUCUCUUUUUCUAGGGUGUCUAAAAUUGAGAAACCAGGCAGAUCCAUCUGCUCUGACCCUAAUUGGCCCUAAAGUAAAUUGCUUGAGGAAAUUGGGCCCCAACAAUUACAGGACCAAUGGUCAUGGCAAGUGACUGGAUUGAGCCAAAAAGGUAUGCACGUGUUGGAAAAAGAUAAUUUGUAGGUCAUUUCAAAGAGAGCUUAUGUGACCAACACCAGGAGCUCUUAACGCUGUGACCUAAGAUUGAAGUUCUCCAUAGGAUGUAAUACACACUUGAUAGUGCUGUGUUUUCUUACGGAGAUAUAUAUAAAAUCAAGCUAUUCAUCAGUGAUUGGUGAUGUGGGAAUAAGUGUUCCCCAAGUUUUUAACCACUGUAUACUUUCUUUUUUAGGAAUUAAAACUUAAACUCAUGAGGAACCAAGGACUCAGAACAUGUGAAAUUCCUUAAAUAAAAAUUUAUUAACUUUAAAUAA